AUGCAGAAGCUAUGGAUAAUUAACAGCCUCCUGUCAUUGAUCUCCGCGGAUGACAAUGUCGAAUUUCUGAGCGGUCCGGGUGUGGUAGACCGAGUUUUGUCGUCGGAUACGGAAGAAUUACUCAAUUCUCACCUCCUUUUUGUAUACGAAGAUUCUGGAUGUCGCGCCAUGGAAGGAAUGACAAAGGAAACGAGCAACUAUCCCAUACAUCGGGUGGUUGCUCUUACGGAAUUGGGCCGCCGACUUCAGACCCAAAUGUCUGGCCAACAACGGCCUCAUCCAUCGCGAAUGCAGGGAAUCGAAUUUGUUGAUGACAUGAGUCCAAAACUGGAUACGAUCUACCUCGACACUUUGGAAAUGGAAAUCGCGAAAGUGCCGGAAGGUCUUAGUCUGGCGGAGCUGGAAUCCCUUAGUCAAGAUCUUCCGUGCGUGAAAUUUGUAGCUAGAGACGACAUAAAAUACGUGGAGGACGAAGAUGCAUCUCUACGAGGAUCCCGGAAUAUAGAAGAUGAAAUCAUAAGGAAGGGGGGUCCUGGAGACCCAUUAUAUCGCUACCAGUGGGCGUUGAAAGGAGCGUCCAGUGGCGCGGGGUUUGGAAUUAACGCUGAAGCUGUUUGGAAGCAGUAUGAACCAAAGGCGGAGACACUAGUUGCGAUUAUUGAUUCCGGUUGCACACAAAACCAUCCGGACAUGAAAGGACAAUUUUGGCGGAACGAUCGAGAAGGAAGCUGUACUAACGGGAUGGACGAUGAUGAGAAUGGCUUUGUAGACGACUGCUGGGGCUGGGAUUUCGUCCGGAAUUCGAACAAUCCCGUCGCCGAGGGAACUUCGUCGCAUGGAACGGCAGCGGCCGGAAUCAUCGCCGCUAAGGCAAACAACCGUAUGGGCAUAGCUGGCAUCUGUCCCAGCUGUCGGUUGAUAUGCUUAAGAUUUAUAUCAACAACUGAAGGCACCGUGGUUAACGAGGUCCGGGCCAUUGACUAUGCGAUUAAGAUGGGUGCACGAAUCUCUAACAACUCCUACGGCGGUUAUGCAAGACAUGGAUCCAAGGUAGAGAAAGAAGCCAUUAUGAGGGCUCACAAGCAUGGUCACUUGUUCGUGAGCUCAGCGGGAAACAACAAUUUGGCCACUGAUUAUUCCGAUUACAUACAUACCCCGUCUGGGUAUACGGUCCCCAACAUUCUGUCGGUUGGGGCUUCAACAGAAAGCGGUCGUAAAACGCCAUUUUCCAACUAUGGCAAGGAAACGGUGCACGUAUUUGCGCCAGGGCGGAACAUCAUCUCGACGGGAAAAGAUGGAUACGUCGUCAACCAGGGAACCUCUUUCGCCGCUCCGCAUGUCGUGGGCAUCGCCGGCUUGAUCUGGUCAACAUUUCCGGAACUCAAAAACACUGAGGUUAGGCAGGCGAUUAUGGAAAGUUGCAAGAGAACCACCGAUCUGGACAAGGCGGCCGCAUGUGGCGGCGUCGUUGACGCGCAGAAGGCGAUGCAAAUUGCGCAACGUAUUGCUGAGAGUAAGGUCACGGUUCGGCAACCCACAGAGCUGCCUCCCCCGGCGCCUGUCUCACUCACCGCGGUUCACGCGGUUCCACGUCCCGCGGAGGUGACUUUCCCUGUCAUGCCGCACUCGUGGGAGGUCAUUCCAUACCCCAAUGUCGCACCGUUCUUCACCAUAAACGCGUCUUCGCUAUAUCAGGUGCUGCCUACCGCGAAGAAGAUCAUCAAUGCACCUGCGCAGGCGUUUCGUGAAGUGGCGAAGAAGGCGGAGUCCGUGCGAGACACAGGCCUCUCCAGGCUCAUUGCGCCGCCGACUUUCUCACUCGACCAAAUUCUGGACCUGGUGGCACGCGGUUUCGUCUCCGAUGAAGGAUAG